AUGGCUCGAGACGCCGACCUCGACGCCCUCCGGGUCCUGGUGCAAUCCCACCCGAUCAUUGACAACCACGCCCAUAACCUCCUCACCUCCGCAAAGGCAUCCGACUAUGCCAAGUAUCCCUUCGAGUCGAUUACCUCCGAGGCCCAGGGUUCGGCCUUGGAUGAGGUCCAAAAAACCUUUCCCCACCACAGAGCGGUCACCCAGCUGGCGAGUCUCUUUGGAUGCGACGCAGAUUGGACCUCAAUCAAGGCAGUUCGCGAGCGGUGGGUGCAGAAGGACUACACGGGCUUGGUGAAGAAGUGCCUCGAGGGAACCCAUGCACUGCUGCUCGAUGAUCUGCUAGCUGCUGCCGAUGUUGAGACUUAUACCUGGCACGAUCAGUUCACCGCGUCCAAGACAAAACGCAUCGUUCGGAUUGAGGCUGUGGCUGCUCAGAUUCUCGCGUUGCUGCAGCAGGCGCGGCCAAACGACACCCUGAAGACAAUAGAUAAUUUCCGCACGUUUCGAGACACCUUUAAACAAAGAAUUCAAGAGGCAAUCGACGAUCCUGAGGUCGCAGGGUUUAAGUCGGUAGUCUGUUACCGAACUGGUCUCGAUGUUAACGUGCCGACCUCUGCAUCUGCCGACACCUUUGCCAGUGAUGUCGCAGAGUCCUUUGCUCGCACAGUCCAGAAAGGCGCUCCAUACCGCAUUGCUGACAAGCCGCUCAACGACUGGCUUGUGAUAUUCACACUGGGCCUACUCCGGGAAGCCAAACAAUCCCUGAAACCCGCAAAACCUCUUCAAUUCCACACUGGGUUGGGUGAUUCGGAUAUCAACUUGGUUUUUGCAAACCCGGCCUACCUCCAGCCCCUGAUCACCGCCUAUCCUGAGGUCGACUUUGUCCUCCUCCACUCAUCCUACCCCUACACACGGGAGGCUGGAUACCUGGCCUCCGUCUACCCCAACGUCUACCUGGACUUGGGGGAGGUCUUUCCCAUGGUCAGUCAAGAUGCUGAGGAGUCAAUAAUCCGACAGAGCUUGGAAAUCGCUCCUACCAGCCGUCUGCUGUGGAGUACUGAUGGCCACUUCCACCCCGAGACUUUCUGGUUGGCAAACAAGCAAUUCAGAGACACUCUGGAGACAGUGCUUGUUGACUCCGUCAAGAAAGGCACUCUUACCGUAUCCCAAGCAAAGGAAGCCGCAGCAGAUAUUAUGUUCAACAAUUCCAACAGACUGUACAACCUGAAGCUGCCCCCGGCCACGUACACUUCUGCAACCAGCCUGACAGUGUCAGGACGUUCAUCCAUCCCAGAUCUUGAUGCGUUAUCGAGAAGCAAUCCAGAUCUGAUCGUUUGGAUGCAGUGGGUUGACUACACUGCCACCGUCCGUCUUCGCAUGUUCCCUAUAAGGGAGUUUAUCAAGAUUGUGAAGAAUCAGCGUCGGAUAGGCAUCACUCUAGCGGUUCUCGACAUGCUCCAGGACGAUAUUCUCGCGCCGGGGGGCACUGCGGCCGGCCAGUUCUACAUGUACCCGGACUUGUCGAGUUUCCGAAAAAAUGUGGCGCUCAACUCGAAUAGUGCAACUGUUAUGAAUUUCUGGAGAGAUGAGAAUGGCCGUGAGAUGCAGGGAUGUCCCCGAACGACACUCCAGAAGAUAGUCACGAAAUGUGGGGAGGACCUUGGCAUCCAACUGACAUUCGGCUUCGAGAUCGAAGUGGUGUUCCUGAAGCCGGUGACCAACUCCGCGGGAGAAACUGACUGGGCUCCUCUGACGACGGUUCAUUCCUGGUCCAACAUGACAGCAGAGACUCGCCGCAUCGAGAUUUAUGUCGAGCAAUUCCACGCAGAGUCAGCACCUGGUCAAUUCGAAUUCAUCCUGCCUCCAUCAAGCCCGCUCUCUGCCGUGGACACGCUGAUCAAAGCCCGACAAACAAUCAACCAUGUCGCGGAGAAGCAUGGAUACCGUGCGACUCUGUAUCCACGCCCGUAUCCUUUUGCUGCCGGCACGGCGUCUCACGCGCAUUUCUCCAUCUCGCCGACCACGCACGAGGAAUCGUUCCUGGCCGGCAUCCUCGAACACUUCCCCGCUAUCGUGGCCUUCUCGCUCUCGCAGGACAUCAGCUACGCCCGUGUCGCGCAGGGCGUUUGGGCCGGUGGCGAGUGGGUGACAUGGGGCACGCAGAACCGCGAGGCGCCCAUCCGGAAGAUCUCCCCUGGUCACUGGGAGCUGAAGAGUGUGGAUGGCCUGGCCAACAUGUACUUUGCCAUGGCUGCCCUGGGGGCCGCUGGGUAUCUGGGCGUUAGUGCCAAGCUGCCACUCACUCAUAAGGACUGUCUGGGUAAGCAUAAGCAUCCUCCACUCUACUACAAAUUUCUGUUUUCUCUCCGUUCACCACUGACAAGAUCUUCUCCAGUCGACGCAUCCCUCCUAACCGCAGAGCAGCGCUCUGAACUAGGCAUCACAACACCGAUCCCCAAGACGCUGGCCCAAAGCCUCGCCGCGCUGGAAGCCGACACCGCCUUGCAGAAAUUCCUCGGCCCGGAAUUCGUGAAGCAUUACUGUCGCGUGAAACGCGCCGAGAGCGAGAAGUUGGCUGCAAUGCCGGAAGAUGAACGACGGAGGUGGCUGGUUGCAAGGUACUGA